AAUCGCACUUCGCUUCGCAGUCGACUUCGAAACGCAGUGCAGGCUAUACGUGUGUUUCUCCCAAGUUCCUAGUUCUGUGCUCUCGAUACGUGUCUGUGAAGUGAACUUUUCGAAACAUGAUCGCGUGAUUAGAACCGACCGCAUCCCAACACUGAUAGCAGUAGCAUGCGGUCGUCGGCGUCGUUCGCGGCGCGCGUGCUCGCCGGCGUGGCGCUCGCGCUGUCGGUGGCGGCGCGCGCGGGCCACGGCCGCCGCGACUACAAGGACCCCGAGCGACUCAACGCCGACAUCUCGCUGUGGAUCGACGAGCGGCAAGUGAGGAUGUUCAGCGGUAUAUCAAUGCAGGUGUUCGCGAUAGUGAACGGGAACAUAUCGCCGUACGUGCUGGACCCCAACUUCUCUCACAAGCUGCCGAUCAUCCCGUCGGAGGUGGGCUACGUCAACUUCACGUGGCGCUCCAAGAAGCGCUACUACUACGACUUCGACACGCUCACGUCGUCCGACCCCAAAGUGCUGAAGGCACCGCUAUUGUCCAUUAAGACGAAGGGGAGAGUGCCCAAAACUCCUAAAGAAUUCAGUAUAUUUCUGCCAUGUAUGGGUAACGUGAGUGGCGUGGCAACCUUUGAGAUAGGUCUAGAGCUGAAAAACCACCGCGGCAACCCUCUGAAGGGCACACCCCUAAGGUUAAACCUAAAGAAGGAGUGCGCACAGAGAGGUGUGUAUUUAGAAAGGACAGGUCCUGACCCGGAAUGCGACAAAAAGUGUGCGAACCAGGGAUGGUGCAAUAGCGAAAAGAUAUGCCAGUGCCCCGAGGGGUACAUGGGGCAGCACUGUCGCACCGCGCUGUGCUACCCGCAGUGCAUGAACGGGGGCAACUGCACCGCGCCCGGCGUGUGCUCCUGUCCGAUUGGCUAUCAGGGCCGACAUUGCGAGGGAGGAAUAUGCUCGCAAAAAUGCUUGAACGGCGGGAAAUGCAUACAAAAGGAUACCUGCGAAUGCCCUAAAGGGUAUUUUGGUCUUCGCUGCGAAUUUUCGAAAUGCGUGAUCCCCUGUCUGAACGGGGGCCGCUGCAAGGGGGUCAACAAGUGCCGCUGCCCCGCCGGCUCGGGCGGCAACCACUGCGAGGUAGGGCGGCGCGCGGGCGAGUGCGUGCGCGCGUGCCGGCACGGCGUGUGCCGCGGGGGCGCGUGCCGCUGCGAGCCGGGCUGGCGCGGCCGCUACUGCCACCGGACCUACGGUUCAUCAGAGGAAUCUGGAGAGUUUAAGAGGCCACGAUGAAAUGCAAUACCUUUUGACGGAAUAGAAGAAGAGAAAUCUACUUAAUAACUAAUCAUGUGAUUUAAAUAUUUUUAUUAAGUUUUAUAUGUAUUGAUAACUAAAUUAGUCAUUUAGAAUAUAAGGUUAGAUUUUAUUAAAUAUUAUAAAUUAUAAAUAUACAUUACAUAUAAGAUGAGUUUGUACAUUUUUUAUUUUUAUUAAAAUCUCCUUUUAUAAAGAACAA